ACCAAACUUUUGUUUACCACCUUGUUUACUUUGUAAACAGCGCACACCUGGGUGGACGGACAAUAAAGAUUCCAAUUAAGUGUUUGAGGAAACGAGAUGGCGACUGGACGUGCAGAAGCGGCGUUCUGUCUCGGGCAGCAGUGCCUGUCCGUGCCGAUGGCGAUGUUCGCCGACAACCGGCGGCGGCUGUGCGAGCGGCUGCGACGGAACGACAAGGUCCUGGACGGGUCAUACGUGCUUCUGCAGGGCGGGGACUCCCAAAACCAGUACUGCAGCGACAAAGAACUUAUCUUCCGCCAAGAGUCCUACUUCCACUGGCUGUUCGGUGUUCUGGAGCCGGGGUGUUUCGGAGCAGUGGAAGUGGCGACGGGAAAGGCAUCACUCUUUGUCCCGAAGCUCCCGGCGGAGUAUGCGGUGUGGAUGGGAAAGAUCCACCCUCCAGAACACUUCCGUGACAAGUACGCCAUAGACGACGUGUACUUCACAUGUGACAUUGCCCAGGUCCUUGCUGAUAAAAAGCCAUCCAUGCUCCUGACCCUGCGUGGAGUGAACACGGACAGCGGGUCCACGUGCCGCGAGGCAGCGUUUGACGGAAUCAGUGAGUUCAACAUCAACAACAAACUGCUGCAUCCAGAAAUCAUGGAGUGUCGUGUCAUCAAGUCCCCCAUGGAGAUAGAGGUGCUCAGGUACACCAACAGAAUUAGCAGCGAGGCCCACAAGGAGGUGAUGAAAGCCAUCCGGCCGGGGAUGCACGAGUUUGAGCUGGAGUCUCUGUUCCAGCACUACUGUUACAGCAAUGGGGGCAUGAGGCACGUUGCCUACACCUGUAUCUGUGCUUCAUCUAACAACGCAGCUACACUGCACUAUGGACAUGCAGGUGCUCCUAACGACCGUCUGAUUAACGAUGGAGAGAUGUGCCUGUUUGACAUGGGUGGGGAGUACUACUGCUACACCUCAGACAUCACCUGCUCCUUCCCCGCCAACGGCAAGUUCACGGCCGACCAGCGGAUGAUUUACGAGGCCGUGCUCCGCUCCAACCGCGCUGUCAUGGCCGCCUGUCGCCCAGGUGUGUCGUGGCCGGAGAUGCACCGCCUGUCGGAGCGGGUUCUGCUGCAGGACCUGCGGGACGGCGGGCUGCUGCAGGGCGACGUCGACGACAUGAUGAAGGUCUACCUGGGUGCUGUGUUCAUGCCCCACGGACUGGGGCACUUCAUGGGCUGUGACGUGCACGACGUCGGGGGUUUUCCAGAGGGCACUGAGCGCAUCGAUGAGCCGGGAAUACGCAGCCUGCGAACCACCAGGGCGUUGGAGGAAGGAAUGGUUCUGACGAUUGAGCCUGGCUGUUACUUCAUCCCUGCACUGCUGGAACCAGCUCUGCGCAACCCUGAACAGGCACGCUUUAUAAACGCAGAGGCCAUCCAGCGCUUCCAGGGCACUGGCGGUGUGCGCAUCGAAGACGAUAUCGCCAUCACAGCUGACGGCUGCGAGCUGCUGACCUGCGUCCCCCGUACGGUGGAGGAGAUCGAGGCUCUGAUGGCAGAGGGCAGGAGGGAGCCCCAGGCAAGCAAAUAGGGAGACCCCAAUAACUUAGUGGGGUGUGGUGUGAGACCUUAGCCAUGGUAGUAAGCUUAACAAGGUGGAAUAUUGCGCUUAAACAAUAAUCUUUAGCUUAGUUACUUUGCUUUGUUGCUGAAUGUAUUGUAUAAAAGAGGGGAACAGCAGAAAAAACUGCUACAUUCCUGCACUUAUAAACAUUAUAUACAAAAUCAAAUAUGUUUUAAAUCCUUUAUUACUAAAGAACAGCUUUCAUUGUUACUAGACAACUAAAACUUAUAUAGAAAUAAAGUACAACUAUGGUGCCUUAUAAUGUAAGUUUUACUGCUGAUAUUUUCAAAUGUGUCUGUGAGAGACAAACCAAAUGACUUUAUAUUGACCAUCAGAAAAGUUAGAUUGUGUUGCAUAAUUGAAUAAUUAAGAUCUUAAUUCGUUGUCACUGCUAACAAAGUAGCUAACUCAACUGCUUUUAGAUGUCUUGUUGAGAUUCGAUAAGUCUCUUUACCCCCCGUCCCAAAAUAACAGCAAAAUGUGUGGUAUGAAACUCACUAGUUGAACCCCUGAGCUACUGUAUUUCCUUCAAUAUCAAUUUUGUGUCACAAUUGAGGACUCUUAAAUUGGAGUCAUUGGUACCCUGGUGUUCAGCAGAAAUAAUUGUGGAAUCAGAAGUCAUGUAUGUUGUCAUGUCUGCAAGUCAACCCAAUUACUGACUGAAGACAAAUAAAGAUUUCAUUCUGUGCAAAUAUUUUGAACAGGACACUCCUUCACAGCAAUAUGUGCCAAAUAAAUUUGCUUUAUGACAGAAA